GCAGUAACUGAAACAUCUUAUAACUAUACAUCUUAUAGAGCUGCUACCUAUUUAAAAAUUGAAUAUGGAAACAAUUUCUUCUUUCUACUUCCAAACUAAAAUCCAACGAAAGCAAGUCCACAUAAUUGCUACAAAAUAAUUUUCUUGUUCUUUUCUUGCGUUGAAUUGAAUUUUUCAGAAUAAUAGAGAAGCCUUUCUUGAAAUGUAAGACACAAACCUGUAAACAGUAAUAAUGCAAUAUACGGUCCAUAAUCAACAUUUCUAAGUCAUGAAAUAAUAUUCUUGAAUAAGCCAUUCGACCAAAUUAGAAACUUUGUAAUGUAGAAACAAUGUACCCAACCCAAGCAACUCCUGCAUCCCUCAUUAUAAUAAUUUACCAGUCACCAGAGAAAUUUCCCAAGAAAGGCGGAGCACAAAACUGUUUAGAGUUGACGCUAGAACAGAAACAAAAGCAAAACUGCAGUAGGUAGUACAAAGAAAUCAGUGAGGGAUUGAAAAUGUUAAGAUAUGGUCAAAUUCAGAGUAAGUAAUGGUAAAGAGUAAAAAUAAGAAGAUAGACCUAAAAUUUAGGCAUGGAGAGAAAGUGGGGUGGACCAAAUAAAGCUAUAUAAUGAAGAGAGAGAGAGAGAGAGAGAGAGAGAGAGAGAGAGAGAGAGAGAGUAAAUGGGUAAAAACCAAGUGUGUAUAUGUGUAUGUGUGUGUCGUACAAAUUGGCGUGCAGUGUUUGAUAUCCCACCAAAUGACCCAAAAGUUAGCGUUUGAUAUAAAUGGUAAAGAGUGGAGACGUAGCAAAGUCUUCUGUUUAGGGGAUGAGUGGAGUUGCAGAAACAUAAAGACAGCCACAGCCAGCCUUGAUGGAGAAAGAGAGAGAAUCUGACACUACAGACAUAUGUGGGCCACCCUUCUCUUCACUUUAACCUCUUACAAAAACUCUCUCUCUCUGGGUUAUUUUGUUUUUUGUUUUUGGCUAAUCCUUUAUUUUGAGGUAAUUUGAUGUUAGGGAGAGUUUUGAAGAUCAAGUGCAGGAAAAUUCAGCAGCCAAGUUGAAUGUGUUGUCUUGUGUAGUGAGAGAACCAAGUUGUUUUUUUGUAGUUGGUUUUUGUCUCUAAUCCUGCGCUUUCUUGCUGUCUUGCAUAUUUGAACACAUUUAUUAGGGAGUGGUUUAGGGUUUUCAGAAAGUGCCCAGAAAGGCAAUUAUUAGAAACAGGACCAAAGCUGCAGGCUAUGGGAGAUGACUAACAUGACCUUGUCGGUUGUUCUGUUUGACUAAGCCAUCACUUUUAUUCUCCAAAAACUCACACCUGCGCCUUCCGAUCUUGGCUUUGGGUGGCUGUUAGGAAACACAACAAACCCUUUUUUUUUCUUUUUUUGUUUUCCAUCUUCUCCUAAACCCUUUCUUUCGUUAUUUCCUUCUUUCUUUCCUAUUGCUGCUUUUGCUGCUGCUACAUCUUACUGCAUAUUUCUUCAAUAUUCCACUCUCACAAUUAAUCAAGGUAAGAUUUUGAUUGCAGAAGCUGUUCGUAGCACUUUCGGGAGUGAUGAAGGAUGCAAGAAAACACCAGAAAUUAGUAAACGAAUCUGGGAGUUUAAUUAGCUAUGCUACUAGUAGCUAAUUAAGAAGAUCAUGAUCAAAGGAGAGGUUAGGGUUGUUAAUUUGUGGAAGAUCCAAAUGAAUGUCCAAGGUAAUGAUGUGGUGAUCAAGGUUUAGUUACUGGUAACCGAAAAGUAAUAAAGCUAAGAUUGAUUACCUUUUGGGGUAGAUCAGAUAUUAUGGAGAUGAGAGGUGAAGAGGAGGAAAUAGGAACUCCUAAGUCCCCUUUGUGCUAUAAUAAUCCAUCAUCAAAUAGGGAAUCUUCAACCAAACAGCCUAAUUCUGAUCGUCCAUUUCUAACAACAGCUGCUGAUAGAAGAAGAGAUCACACAGUACCCCAACUCCAUUUCUCUCAUCAUCACACACUGAAUCUUCAUCAUAUACACAAACAACACACAAGAGACCAACAUGAAGCAACCCCAGAUCCUCCAAUCCAGCCCUCCAUUUCUGCCUCACCACCAUCUGCUGUUACUCCACCGCCGAUUGCCAGCGGUAGAUUGAUCUCAAGAACACCACCAUUUCCAAGUGCAACGGACAACGGUAUUCCUUCAUCGGUAAUUCGAUACCGAGAAUGUUUGAAGAACCACGCAGCAAGUACCGGAGGCCAUGUUCUCGAUGGCUGUGGCGAGUUCAUGCCAAAUGGAGAAGAUGGAACGCCUGAGGCUUUGAAAUGCGCAGCCUGUGAAUGCCAUCGGAACUUUCACCGGAAAGAGAUGAAAGAAGAGGUGCCCUUGCAGCAUGCUUUACCCAGCGGUUUCUUCAUCUCCAACCCUGUCAGAAACAAUGGCCAUCGCACUGAUAGGACACCAGUUGUUUCAGUGCCCCGUCACCAUCAAUUGCCGGCAGUUCCAAUUUCUUCGAUGAUGAUGGCAUUUGGAGGAGGAAGCAAUGGAGCUCUGGAUGAAUCUUCGAGUGAGGAUCUGAACAUGUAUCACCCAUCUAAUAAUGGAGCCCGGGACCUCUUCGGUCAGCAGACACAACUAAUAAAGAAACGAUUUAGGACAAAGUUCACUCAGGGACAGAAGGACAAGAUGGUAGAAUUUGCUGAAAAAUUGGGGUGGAAAAUUCAGAAACAUGAUGAACUGGAAGUGCAACAGUUCUGUGCUGAGGUGGGGGUAAGGAGACAAGUUUUCAAGGUUUGGAUGCAUAACAACAAACAAGCCAUGAAGAAGAAACAAAUGUAAGAAUGUACUACAAGUUUUACCUUCAAACCCAUUUCGUGAAAAAUAAUAUAUGUAUCCAUGAUUGACUAAGUUCUAAGAACAUAGAUUUUAUCCAGCAAUUAGAGUAAGUCCUUAAUUAGGCAUUGAAAAGUGAGAAAGGUAAUAUUCGGUUCUUGAAUGAACAUCUCAAUGUCAUGUUACUUCCACUUCUAGAA